CCUCGGGAAGAAGAGGCCUUCCCGUUCUUCCAGCGGGAGAGACUUCGUGAGGCGCGGCGGGGUGUCCUCCAAGGCAAAAGGGAGAACGACCGACGACUUUUCGCGCCAGGCGCAGCAAAAGCAACGACGGGGGCGGUGCCGCUUCCUGGGUUUCCACAGGCAGCUCGGACUUCCUGGGGGAAGGAAAAGGCUAUCAAGCCCGGAAGUACUGCCUGGGCAUGUCGCUCUUGUUUCUUCCUUCGUCUUCUCUUCCUCCUCCUCCUCCUCGCUGAUUGGCUUUCGAGGAAAGUCCUCGCUCGCAGCCGAGAGGCCGUCCCGUCUCCCGGAAAUGGGGCGGGCCAAGGAAAGAGGCCUCGGGCUGGCGGCCUGGGGUUGGUCCAGGCGCCCCGGCUCCUUCCAUGUGAUUGGCUCAGUGAAAUGCUUGUUGGACGCCAGCGGAGGCUGGGACUCCUCCGGCCAGUUGCCCGCCACGAUUGGCCCGCUCCCAACGGCUCCCUUCGCGAUUGGUCGGUGGGUGACGUGGCUGUGGACCAUCUCGGCGGCUGCCGCUAGAGGAGGAGGAGGAGGAGGAGGAAAGGCUAGAGGGGCCGCGCCCGGGACCCGGCCGCUGCCUCCGCCUGCUUGGCCGCCCGCCCCGGUCCGGUCCCUGCAGAGCGCGAAGAUGCGGGAGACCGUGGACUUCGAGGAGUGCCUCAAGGACUCGCCCCGCUUCAGGGCUGCUCUGGAAGACGUUGAAGGCGACGUGACUGAGCUGGAACUGAAGCUUGAUAAGCUCGUGAAGCUCUGCAUUGCCAUGAUUGACACAGGCAAGGCCUUCUGCGUAGCAAACAAGCAGUUCAUGAAUGGCAUUCGAGACCUGGCCCAGUAUUCCAGUCAGGACGCCCUGGUGGAGACCAGCUUGACCAAGUUCUCUGACAGCCUCCAAGAGAUGAUCCAUUACCACACUAUCCUGUUUGACCAAACCCAAAGAUCAAUUAAAGCACAGCUUCAGAUGUUUGUUAAAGAAGACAUGAGGAGAUUCAAAGAUGCCAAGAAGCAGUUUGAGAAGGUCAGUGAAGAGAAGGAGGCGGCCCUGGCCAAGCAUGCCCAAGUGCCCAGGAACAAGCAGCACGAGGUGGAGGAGGCCACCAAUAUCCUGACCGCCACCCGGAAGUGCUUCCGGCACAUCGCGCUCGACUACGUCCUCCAGAUUAAUGUUCUUCAAUCAAAGAGAAGGUCAGAGAUCCUAAAAUCGAUGCUGUCCUUCAUGUAUGCCCACCUGGCCUUCUUCCAUCAAGGAUACGACCUUUUUAGUGAACUGGGACCCUACAUGAAGGACCUUGGAGCUCAGCUGGAGCGGCUGGCUGUCGAGGCUGCGCGGGAGAAGAGGGCGAUGGAGCACAAGCACUCCACCAUCCAGCAGAAGGACUUCUCGAGUGACGACACGAAGCUCGAGUACAAUGUGGAUGCAGCCAGCGGCGUCGUCAUGGAGGGCUACCUCUUCAAGCGAGCCAGCAACGCCUUCAAGACCUGGAACAGGAACAAGCCCGGUCGCAUCAGGCGCUGGUUCUCCAUACAGAACAACCAGCUGGUGUACCAGAAGAAAUUCAAGGACAAUCCCACCGUUGUGGUGGAAGAUCUGCGGCUCUGCACAGUCAAGCACUGCGAAGACCUCGAGAGGCGCUUUUGUUUCGAGGUGGUCUCCCCUAGCAAGAGCUGCAUCCUCCAGGCCGAUUCCGAGAAGCUGCGGCAAGCCUGGAUCCAGGCCGUGCAGGCCAGCAUUGCCACCGCCUACCGGGAGAAGGGGGACGAGCUGGAGGUGGAGAGAAAGCCGCCCCCUUCCGCGGGGAGCCCUGAACCCGGCAGUGAGGCCAAGGAGAAGCUGCUGAAGGGGGAGAGCUCGCUCCAGAGGGUCCAGAGUCUUGCUGGCAACGCUGCCUGCUGCGACUGUGGCCUGGCCGACCCGCGCUGGGCCAGCAUCAACCUGGGCAUCACCCUGUGCAUCGAGUGCUCGGGCAUCCACAGGAGCCUGGGUGUCCACUUUUCCAAAGUCCGGUCCUUGACCCUGGAUUCGUGGGAGCCUGAGCUGCUGAAGCUGAUGUGCGCAUUGGGAAAUGAUGUCAUCAACGGCGUGUAUGAAGCAAAACUGAAAGCCCUGGGCGUCAAGAAGCCUCAGCCGGGGGACCCCAGGCAGGAGAAGGAGGAGUUCAUCCGGGCGAAGUACGUGGAGCGGAGGUUUGUGGACAGGGGCCCUCUCGCCUCGGCCGACCCCGGAGGGAGAACGCUGCUCCUCCUCAACCCAGAGGCUCAAAGGCGCGGCAGCCCCGAGACGUCCCCGACGGCAGGCCAGCCGCUGGGGGCCUCUCCUCCAGGGCGUAGCAACGGCAGCGGGUUCCAGCGCAGCGCGGCGGACAGCAGGGAGCACUUGGCCUCCACCGUCUCGGCAAGCACCUUGGAGCAGCCAGAGGGCGAAAGGCACGACGCUGCUGUGUCCGAUGACUCCAGGAGGCAGCUCCUUCCAGGCCUCCAGCUGUAUCAGGCGGCCUACAAGAAGACCCUCCCUGAGAUGGCCAAGGCCCUGGCCCAUGGGGCAGAGGUGAACUGGGUCAAUGCGGAGGAGAACAGCUCCACACCUCUGAUUCAGGCAGUGCUUGGGGGCUCCUUGGUCACAUGUGAAUUCCUGCUCCAAAAUGGGGCCAACGUGAACCUCAGGGAUGCCAAAGGCAGAGGACCCCUGCACCAUGCCACGGUCUUGGGGCACACUGGGCAAGUCUGUUUGUUCCUAAAACGGGGGGCAAACCAGCACGCCACUGAUGAGGAAGGGAAAGAUCCAUUAAGUGUUGCCAUAGAAGCUGCCAACGCGGACAUCGUGACCCUGCUGCGUCUAGCAAGAAUGAACGAAGAGAUGCGGGAAUCGGAAGGCAUCUACGGCCAGCCAGGAGACGCAACCUACCAAGACAUAUUCCGCGAUUUCUCACAAAUGGCUUCCAAUAACCCCGAGAAGUUAAACCGCUUUCAGCCGCCAGAUGUGCAGAAGCCUUGAAGGGCCGCUCCGGAUCUCCUCCCCCCCCCCCCGCCGAUAGCCGUGGCCUGAGCCUUCUCUCCUUUUUCUACAUAAAGCUGCUUUAAUCCCA